AUGAACUACGAGGCAGAUCGCCAGAAACGCGAGCUAUAUCGAUAUUUCCAACCAGAAAAUCCAGCAGCACUCAAUGCAUCACUUCUACAAUUUGAUGAGCAUGUGGCCCCAAUAGGAGAUUUCUCAAGAGUAUCGACACCCUUUGUACCUGAUCCCUCUGAUCCAGAGACAAAUUUUGUCGAAGGCAGCUCUCCGUCAAGUCCAAAUACAACUUUGACUUCUUUUGCACAACUGGCCGCUCUACAACUGAACGCGCAGCGUGCUUUCAUUACUGUAUUGAACACUGAAUCUCAGUUUAUAUUGGCUGAAGCCACAAGGAACACCAAUCUUAAGAGCUCAAAGUCAUCCCUCGGAGAAGGAGAUAAGCUUUUCGCUGGAACAUCGACAUUGUCAGAUGCUUGGAAUAUAUGCCAGGAAACAGUUGCACUUGACUCAGACAGCGAAGAUGGAUUGUAUUCAUUUUUGGUUGUCGACGACCUUCAACAAGAAGAACGAUUCAAAGGAUUGCCUUUUGUGACACAAGAGCCACACUCUCGUUUUUAUGCGGGAACACCCCUAACUAGCGGCAGCGGUAUCAAUCUGGGGUGUUUGUUUGUAUUGGAUUCCGAACCCCGUCAAGGGUUAUCUGAUAUCGAGAAGGAUACAUUAGGAAAAGUGGCAGAGUUGGCAAUGGACUAUUUAUUAGUUAGCCGUCAAGCCGCAGAAGGACGACGGGCCUCGCGGCUAUCGCGUGGUCUCCAUCUUUUUGUCGAUGGCAACUCCAGUUUUGCCAGCAACGCUCACAUAUCGUCUCAUUCGAACAGCCCAGCACAGAGUUUGUCUCCGCAGGGAUCGCCUCACCUCAGAGCCAGUCGAUCUACAAGCUCUCAAAACGAUGAACUGGGAUUUCGCUCAGUACGCUCUGGAUCAGGAAAAGCGUCUCAAUGCGGCGAUACACAACCUUUGAGCCCAGCUUCUGAGCAAAACGAUACAUGUGUUCCCUCCAGUCCAGCGGUAUCGUUGCACAGCUCGCAGGAUGACGGCGGUAGCUCGGAGGGCUCCUCGAGCAGCAACCACUGGCUUUUCCAACGUGCUGCGAACCUCUUGCGACAAAGCCUGGACUUGGAUGGUGCUGGCGGUGUCAUGUUCUUGGAGACCAGUGACAACUCCUCCGAUUAUGUCGCAGCCGGUCAUUGUGACCCCGCUGAAUCUACAAGCUCUGCUCCUAUUCUUGCACUGUCCACCAGAGACGAUCCAUUUUCAUACCAGGCAAACUCUACGCUGUCAGACCCAGCUGUAAACCUUGACAAUAUAUUCCUGAAACAGUUGACGCAUCGCUAUCCUAAAGGGAAACUCUGGUCAUUCCACUGUGAUGGGACAUUCUCAACUUCGGAAGAUCAGUUAACCGACGAGUCUCAGAAACAAAGGAAGAAGUCCAAGGCUUCGGAGACCAGCAAAUUGAACGAGUUCUUUCCUGGUGCAUCUCAAGUAAUGUUUGUCCCUCUGUGGAAUGCCACAGAUACCCAGUGGUUCGCUGGGUGUUUUUGUUGGACUUCCCGGGCAACGCAAGUUUUCAGUCCUGCUGUUGAUCUGAGCUCAGUAUAUGCCUUCGGAUCCUCUAUCAUGACUGAAUACAGCCGUGUUGAAUCAGUUAUUGCAGACCGUCAAAAGGGGGAUUUUAUAAGCAGCAUCUCUCAUGAACUACGCAGCCCGUUGCAUGGUGUCUUGGCUGCCGCCGAGUUUUUUGGAAGUACUACCUUGGACCAGUUCCAGGAGACCCUUCUCGAUACCAUAAAUGCAUGUGGUCGAACUCUCUUGGAUACAAUGAAUCAAGUUUUGGACUUCAGCAAAAUAAUGUCAUUGGAAAGACACAAGAAAACCUUCAAGCGUGGAAAAGAUCCAUGGAAACCAAAACCCUCCGAGGAAUCUGUGGCGCAUCUGGAUACAUUGGUUUUCACAGAUCUGGCGCUCUUGACAGAGGAUGUCAUAGACAGUGUGUGCUUGGGCCAUUCCCAUAUACAAAGGUCAGCCACGUCUACCAAUAGCCCCGCAGAUAUAUUGGCAACACUUCCUUCCAAGUCAGUGAAAGAUGGUAUCCAAGUUAGUCACGUUUCAGGAGUGGACGUCAUUGUUGACAUUCCUGAUAAUGACUGGAUGUACAAAGUCCAACCGGGGUCGCUGAGACGCCUAAUAAUGAAUAUUCUGGGCAAUGCACUGAAGUAUACCAAGAAGGGUCGGAUCUCCGUCUGCAUCGAGGCCAGUGAGCGCUCAAAGGCCCGUUCUCGCCGCCAGGGUCUUGAAGAUAUAGUGACAUUGACCAUAUCAGACACGGGCAAGGGCAUCUCGAAGGAAUAUCUUCGGAAGCACCUAUUCACUCCGUUCUCACAAGAAGAUCCCCUAUCAGUAGGCACUGGUCUCGGUCUAUCAAUUGUUCGCAGCAUUGUGAAAACCCUUAACGGGAAAAUUAAUAUUCGAAGUCGACAGGGCGAAGGCACUAUUGUCAAGGUGUCACUCCCUCUCGAACGUCCAGUGGGCGUUGAAAAUCCACAAUCACCGUCUCUCACGGAAAAUUCAGACCAAAAUAUACUUACGGCAUCUUCUCAACUCCGACGUGUCGGCUACAGCGGGAAGCGUGCUGCUAUUUGGGGAAUCGACCCGUCUCAUCUUGAUAAGCAUCGGUUCUGGGCUUCCAUAGCUCGAUAUAUCACGGAUUGGUAUGGUCUGCAACUUGUUCCGCUCUCCACCAAUGAGCCUAUUGAUAUUCUGUUUGCGGAUGAAAGGGAUUUAUCCGAAAAUGAGAUACGCGAUCUCCCACCCGAAUUACCAAGUCUGCUCGUCUUUUGCAGCGAGGUAGGUGACUACGGUGAUUCUCGGGCACAAUGGUCGCACCUUGCGGGCUCUCUGGCAAUUCUACAUCGACCCUGUGGUCCACGAAAACUUUCCCGCGGUAUUUUGGGCUGUCUUGAUGCAAAGCCGACAAGCCUUACGUUGAAUGUGCCGAAUCCCGGGAAAAGCAUAUUAAUUCCACAUCGACCCGCUUUUGCAGCCUCGGCUUUACCAAUUGAAGAGUCCAACCCUUCAGUAUCAGGUAAUCCACGAUUAUCAGAUGCUGAAUCAUCAAUUCCCAUACCGGAUUCGAGCAAUUGCACAAUUGAUCCCACGGAGCGUAGCGCUUUUGUGUUGAAAUCGUGUACUGACAGCUCUGGCUGCACAGUGUCUGAGAGUGCUGAUUCCACCAAUCCCGGGUCUUCAUCCGGGGGCUUGGAUCAUGUUAACACCUUAUCGGAGAGCCAAAACAAACCUCGGGUCUUGGUGGUAGAUGACAACAGCAUCAACCUCCACCUCAUGGUGACUUUCAUGAACAAACGGAAAGUCGUGGUUCUAGAUAAAGCCGAGAAUGGCAGAGCAGCCGUCGAUGCGGUUGAAAGGAUGGUGCAGGGAUAUGACCUUAUUUUCAUGGACAUGUCUAUGCCAGUUAUGGACGGAUUUGAGGCGACACGUGCCAUUCGUGCAAUUGAGAAAGAACGGGAUGACUGUAUUCCGGCAACAAUCAUCGCGUUGACAGGACUCAGUAGUUCACGCGAUGAGUUCAGGGCCUUAGACUCGGGGGUGGACCUUUUCCUUAUGAAGCCCGUUUCUUUUAAGGAAGUAUCACGGCUUAUUGAUGAAUGGGAGGCUAAACCGCCGAAAUAA